AUGUAUCCAAUGGGAAUGGGCCCCGCGCCCAUGGGUGUGACCCCUAUGCCAAUGGGCCCUAUGGGAUCCAUGGGGAUGGGCCCUAUGCCCAUGCCCGCAGCAGCAGCCGCCGCCGCCAUGCCGGGGGCCCCUAUGGGCUUUGCAAUGCCUAGGUGUCCGCCGGCGCCCAUGCCGAUACCGACGGCUGGUGCCGGCGGAGGCGGAGGCGGCGCCGGUGGAGGCGGCGCCGGCGCCGGCGGCGCUGGCGCACGUACCGCGGCGGUGGCGGCGACUCGUAAGAAGACGGCGGCGGGUCAGGAGAUGCGGCAUGAGAUGCGCGAGCGCAUGCGGUACAUUAUGUACGAGAUUGACGAGACCAACAACCGCUUUAUCUCCGGUCGUACCGAGCCGUUCCAGUUCUUGGACGUGUGUUGCUGCCCCGGGGGGUUCUCCACGUACUCGCUGACGGCCGGCUCGGCACCCCGGAAGGGCAUUGGUCUCAGCUUGCCCCCCCAGCUGGGGGGUCACCUGCCCGCUAUCGAACAGGAGACGGAGAAGUACUUUCUUCAAUUCGUGGAUGUGACGACGGUGGCUGCGGGUGUUCGCGUGGGGGAUAUGCGGGUGGGGGUGCCGGGCUGUCCCCGGGGAACUCUGAAACUGGACGCAGCCCCCGACACCCCCCCCGCGAGUUCCUGUCAACUGGUCAUCCUGGACGGAUCCUUCCUGGGCGGCAAGGAUUGGAUCCACAAAGAUACGACAUUGCCGGAUUCGGAAAAUUCAGCGUUUAAUGUGUACGGCAGCAACACCGCCGCGCACAAGGCCCUCCUGGUGGCUCAGCUGAUUGUGAUGGCGAAUAACUUGGCACUCGGUGGAGUGCUCGUACUGCGCCUGAACAUGUUUCCCGAUUGCUUCACGGCGGGGACACUGGGCCUGCUGCGACAUGUGUUUCACGGUGACGUGUGCUCGUACAAGCCGCGGUCGUGCCACGUGCACCGCGGGUCGUACUACCUUGUGUGUAGGGGAUUUGACCCACAGCGGGCGCAAUGCAUGCAGUGGGUUCCCCGCUGGCUCGCGUGCCUGGUUUCGCUCCGAAACAAAGGCGCCGCGCCCCGCUUCGUGCCCUUCCCUGGAUUCCACCUGGACACGGAACCCGCCCUGGAGAUGUUCUGGACCCGGGCCUUAUACGUGUAUCACGUACAUCUGUGGCGCUUCUCAAAGCUGGUGGAGGUAGCGAUGGAGGAAAAGGCAAUGCUGGACCAUCGUCUUCCAUCGCGGCCUCGGAAGGGUCGGUUCACAAACAGCUGCGGCCGCAUCUUUGCGGGGGUGCCGUGCUCUGGUCGCUGCAGUGCAGCGCACUCCUUCGAGGAACUGCACCCCUUUGUGCAAAAGGCAUUCCGUGAGCCGCGUGGCUUCCUGUACAUGCCCGGCAGCUUGGCGCUCACGCAAAUCACCCUGCCGAGCAUGGACCCGCUGCCGGAGGCGCUGUUGGAGCUCAAGCAGCAGGCGCACAUGCAGGCUGUCCUGCAAGCCCAGGCCGCCGCUGCCAGUCAGCAAGCCGCGCUUGCGGCAGCUGCCGCCACCGCCGGCGGCGGCAAUGUCCUUCGCCACGUCGGAACGUACGACAAUGCUGUGGAGAUGGGCAUGGGCGGGGAAUGGGUACACGGGCUGGUUGGGGGCCAAGAGCAGUACGGCGCGGCCAAAGUACUGCCGCCGCUAGCGGCGGCGCCGGCGGAAACUGGAGCGUCUGGAGCUGCCGCGACGGCAGCGGCGUCUUGCGGUGCCGGGCUUCGGCUUUUAAUGCGCGAAGCUGACGAAGAUAAUGUCGUACUGGAAGGUGGCUUUGAAGACGACGCUGGGCCAACGGUGGCGCCGCCGCCGUCGCGGCCCCACCAGGCGGCGGCGGCGGCGGACAAGGCCUCUUCAGCGGCCUAUGGCAGUGGCGGCGUUGAAGCCGCCGCCACCGCGGCAGCGGCAGCGGCGACGCUCGAUGCGGACAGGGAAUUUGCGGCAAUGGCCGAGACCGCCGGCAGCGGAGGCAAUCCGUCAUCGCCGUCAGGCCCGUCUGGGCGACCUCCGAUCCGGCCUGAGCUGUUGCGCAUGUCGGCCUAUCAGCCUCGCUUGAGUUUGGUGACGCUUGAGAUUGACGAUGACGAUACGAUGACGGCUCUCCUAGAUUACCUUGGGCGGUGA